GAAGCACAUGCAACAUUCCGGGAAAAUGGCCAAGAUUGAUGUACAGCAAGAGGUCCUAGCCAAGUUGCGGGAUAAGACUGUCAUUGUGACAGGCGGCGCAAAUGGCAUCGGGAAGACGACUGUGAUGCUUCUUCACCGACUGGGUGCAAACGUUGUGAUUGGCGACCUGGAUGUUGAAAAUGGAGAAGCUCUUGUGCGAGCCAUUGACGGGGCCGGUGUCUUUCAAAAGACAGAUGUGACUCAAUGGGAAUCGUUGAGAAGCCUGUUCGAGACAGCUCGCAGCAAAUACGGCACGAUCGAUGUGGUUAUCGCCAACGCCGGGAUGCCCGAAAAGGGGCCAUUUCUUCUGCAGGAUCAGAUGGACGCCAAUGGAGAACUGGCUGAGCCUGAUUGCCGUAUCAUCGACGUCAAUCUAAACGGCGUUCUAAGAACCACCAAGCUCGCCUUUUACCACUUUGCUAGGAAUAAAACGCCAGGGGGCGUCUUGGUCAUGACAGGAUCAGCCGCAUCGUACUUCGCGUCACCGCCUAUUAUUCAAUAUGGUGCGGCAAAACAUGCUUUGCUCGGGAUCAUGCGGGCGACUGCAGCCAUGUCACAGCCCCAAAAUGUCCGGGUGAACCUUGUUGCACCAUGGAUGACAGAAACUGAAUUCAGCUCCGAAGUUACGGAGAUUUGGGGCGACCUACCAAAAAAUACCACUCUGGAGGUCGCAGAGGCGCUGUGUGUGGCUGCAGCCGAUGAAAAUCUUCAUGGUCGAUGCCUAUAUGUUGCCAAGGAGAUUGUAGACUUUGAACUACCGCUGCAUAGGGCGAGCGCAGAAUGGAUGUCGCCGAAGCAAUCGAAAUUAUUUGAGGAGGGACGCCAAAGGCUAGCUGGCGGUAUGGGUUUUCCAACAACGCAUUACCUCGAGUAGAUAGAUAUACGUAGUGAGUCUUGGAGCUAGCAGGUACUGCCACAGGUCAAAUCAAAUUAAAG